AUGUCAUCCAAAACUCCAUAUCAUCGCUACUCAAACUCGAAUCCUUCUAAGCUUCCGAAAUCUUUAAAUUCGACCUGUGUCUCAGAAAAACAAAUCCCGAAACUAAAACUCUUUUCAACAGAUAGUUCUCAAAAUUCCUCAUUUCAGCCAAAUUUUGCAUUCCAAACUUUGUUUUAAUUUUAUUUAAAAUUUACAUUUUAUUUAAGAAAAUAUCCAAAAAAUAUUUUAUGCACACACAAACUUUUACUUCCAAACCUCGACACAAGCGUACAAUAAGUGGAAUAAAUUCUAUAGUCUGCGAAUUUAAUUCCCCAUCUCCCAAGAAUAAUUGAAACCUCAACAUAGCUUCAGCUAAUAAAAUAAAUCCUCAUAAAGGGUUCUCUAAAUGCGCAGAAGUUUUAAAAUUAAGCCCAGACCAGCCCGACACUUAUGAAUCCACAGCUUCUGAAGAAGAAUUCCGAGAAAUCAAAAGAAUUUCAAGCUUGAACUUAGACAGUCCUUCGAAAAAUACUCCAAACGACUCAUGCAAUGAAUUAGCUAAUGAAAUGGCAAUAAUCAAGGCUUCACAAGAAUUUUUAUUAUGUCACAAUAACAACAAAAGGGUUGGUGUAAAACAAAAAAUGCUUGAAAUCUUGAACUCACGAAAAAAUGAAAUAGAGAUCAAAAGGUAUAAAUUUAGGCUUCAGAUUGUAAAGGAAAUUCAUAAAGAAGAAUGGGAUAAAAAAUUAAUUAUCGCAUUCAGAGAAAAUGAUGAAAAAGAUUUUGGCGUUUUUUGUAAUGAGUCUGGGACACUUUUAAAGAUCACUGAAGGAAGAAGAUUUCCUGAAAGAUUGCUGGUGUCACAGAUGAAAAUGGCGUAUUAUUUUGAUGUAAAUGAAAAUAGAUUGGUACAGUGUGCUCCUAGUAAGAGUGUAGAUGCAGUUGUUUUAAUCUAA